UAGCGGGUUGUGCGCCGUUCCAAAAUGUCAAUUACAAAACAGCUGUGUAGACUAAGCGCGAAGGUCCACCUAAGCACAAAACGUUUUUUUUCGUCACCAAAACUCCAAAGUUGUUACAACAAAAUGUAUGUAGCUGAAGAAAGAGGUUCACCGUAUUCGCCCGAAUAUCGUGUUUUUUUUAAGGACGCCACCGGGCCGAUCUCGCCGAUGCACGACAUCCCACUGUGGGCGGACCGCGCGCGGCGGCUCGCGCACAUGGUGGUGGAGGUGCCGCGCUGGACCAACGCCAAGAUGGAGAUCAGCCUCGGCGAGCCGCUCAACCCCAUCAAGCAGGACGUCAAGAAGGGCGCGCUGCGCUUCGUCGGCAACGUGUUCCCGCACCACGGCUACAUCUGGAACUACGGCGCGCUGCCGCAGACGUGGGAGGACCCGCGGCACACGGACCCCGGCACGGGCGCGCGCGGCGACAACGACCCCAUCGACGUGAUCGAGAUCGGGCAGCGCGUGGCGGCGCGCGGCGACGUGCUCACCGUGAAGAUCCUCGGCACGCUCGCGCUCAUCGACGAGGGCGAAACGGACUGGAAGCUGAUCGCGGUGGACACGCGUGACCCCGCCGCCGACCGCCUGCACGACGUCGCCGACGUCGAGGCGCUCUUCCCCGGCCUGCUGCGCGCCACCGUCGAGUGGUUCCGCCUCUACAAGGUGCCUGACGGCAAGCCCGUCAACCGCUUCGCCUUCGAUGGCGAGGCCAAGGACGCCGCCUUCGCGCACAAGGUCGUCGAUGAGGUGCACGAGUUCUGGAAGGCGCUGGUGUCGGGCGAAGCGGAGGCGGCGGACAUUAAUAAGAUGAACGUGUCGGUGGCGGGCAGCCCGGGGCAGGUUGGACGCGGGGAGGCGGGGGCGGUGCUGGCCGGCGCGCCCGCCGCUGCCGCCGCUGCGCCCGUCCCGCCCACCGUCGACAAGUGGCACUUCAUCUCCAACCUCUAGCCGCUCCGACGACACCGUACUAUGUAUAUAAUGUUAUGUAUUUAUUUAUACGUUCCCAAUAAAUCGUGGUGACGUGUGACGUCUCCCCUCCGGCUCGCUUGCAUUUAUUCGCGACGUGAGAGACGGGAGUCCGGUUUGAAACGGUCGACUCGCUAGCAGGUGGUGACGGAGGUGGUGGGCCAGAGCGGGAUGUGAGAUGUUAUACCCGUCGUGUGCGACUACUGUGA